UAUCAUGUUUCCGUUUCCGGUUCGAUGAGGGCGACUCGGAGAUCACGUGACCCGGGGCUGACAGAAAAAAUGGCGGUGACCCCUCGAACCGGCGAGAGAGUGGCCCAGCUGGGCGAACACUGACAAAAAUUUCCUCUGAAUCCCAUAAAAUCACAACUACCGUCCGUUUUUGUGGUCGUGCAAGGUCUGUGAGGAUAUUGUAAGACGAACUGCUCGCAAAACCAAGGGAUAUAAGAACGAAAUUUUAGGUCUGAAGGCUGUAAUAUAAUUUGCAGUGGAGGGAUUGUAAGUGGUAGACACCACCUUCUUCAUGUACUGUUGAUAAUCCCACUUUUGGGGUUUCAAUUGGACCGGCACUGAUGGAUAAGUGCAAGCACGUUCUGAAGCAGCGUCUGGCGGAGGACCACUCCAUCCUCAACCCGCAGAAGUGGUCGUGCGGGAUCUGUGGCACCACGGAGAGCGUCUGGGCAUGCCUGAGCUGCUCGCACGUCGCCUGUGGGCGCUACAUCAACGAGCACGCGCUCCACCACUUCCAGGAGACCAAGCACCCCAUCUGCUUGGAGGUCAACGAGCUCUACGUCUUCUGCUACGAGUGUGAGGAGUAUGUCUUGAACGACAACAAUGCCGGGGACGUGCAUCUCCUACGAACCACCCUCAGUGCCAUAAAAAACCAGAGUCUCGGCGCACGGACGACUCGUAGUGGGCGCGUGCUGAGAGCCGGCAAGGACGACAAUGCCGGGCCCAAACAGACCAGCGUGGAACCAGACCAGUACUAUACCGCCAUGUACUUCAGGCGGUUUAUUCUCAUGCGGAAGGUUUUCCUCAUCUGGCGCGACAAUGUGCGAGCAACCAGAAAAGCCAAAGGCCUACCCCCGCACCCGGAGCCGAAGAAACCCGAGAGAAAACGAGUCGUCAAGAGGAGAAGGAGUUACGACAGGCCGUCGACCCCCAGCAGACAGAGCCAGCGAACGGCUGACAGGAGAAGACUGAAGGAGAGCGAAGACGAUUCCAAACCUCGUGCCCCGAUCACACCAGGGGUCACUGGCCUCCGUAACCUAGGAAACACGUGCUACAUGAACUCCAUCCUCCAGGUGUUGAGUCACCUUCAGAAGUUCCGUGACCUUGUGUUAAACCUUGACCUCGACGGCUGCAGCGACGGGACGUCCACGAGAAGAAGGCUGUCGACGGAGGCGAUGGAACACCGAGCCGGCGGGUCGAGAGGACUGUUCCGACAAACAAGCGUGGACUGUUUCAAGGCAGUCACGACGCCGCCAGCGAGACGGAACCUCGGCCGCGGGCUAAACGGUGGCUCGUCGGGAAACGGUCGGGGGAACAAGUUUGUGCCUCUCAACGGGGAGGCGGCGAACAUCACGAGUAUAUCCCUCUGCCGCGACCUGCACGCUCUCUUCAGAGUGAUGUGGUCAGGCAAGUGGGCCCUGGUCUCACCGCACGCCAUCUUGAACUCUGUCUGGAAGCUCAUCCCGAACUUCAAGGGGUACAACCAGCAGGAUGCUCAGGAAUUUCUGUACGAGCUGCUAGAUAAGGUACAGUCGGAGCUGGAGCGGCUCUACUCCCCCAACAUGACCAUGAAGGCCAGGAGAAACCCCAUGCCCAUGGAGAUCUUCGCCCAGAACUUCCAGGGGGAGCUGGUCAGUCAGGUGACAUGUCUGGUCUGUGGGUACAAGUCCAACACUUACGAGCCCUUCUGGGAUCUAUCACUGGAGUUUCCCGACAGGUACCAAGCUCCUAUGGUGUCUUCCAGAUACCAGUGUGCCAAGGACCGUCCGUUCGCGCCAUCGGAGGACAGCUGUCUGCUGACGGAGAUGAUGGGCAAGUUCACAGAGAAGGAGUACCUGGAAGGGAAGGUGUACGAGUGCUCACAGUGCAACAGUCGGCGCCGUGCUUCCUCCAAGAAGCCGCCGGUGAAGACAGAAGCCUCCAAACAGCUGCUGAUCACCAAGCUACCUCAGAUCCUCAGGCUCCACCUCAAGAGGUUCAGAUGGUCCGGGCGGAACCAUCGUGAGAAGAUCAACGUUCACGUGGACUUCGGAGAGGAGUUAGACAUCGCCCCGUACUGUUAUGUUCCUGACGGCAGCAUGGUGGACACGAUGUACUGUUUACAGGCGGUGGUGAUCCACCAUGGGCGAGGCUUCGGGUCAGGACACUACACAGCCUACUGUUGGAACGAUGAGGCUGGUUUCUGGGUGCACUUUAACGACUCUCGCCUGGACCUGAGCUCCAUCGAGGACGUGGUUGCCGGACAGGCCUACAUCCUGUUCUAUGUGCAGAAGCAGAACGUGCGCCCCCUCCCCGAAGACGAGGAAAUCGACAUCAUGGAAGUGGACGAGGAGGAAGUAGAACAACAACAACAACAAGAACAGGCGACGGCCAGCGGGGACAACAACGUCGAGAAGCCUCAGACCACGGACCAAGAGGACGAAGACCUCAGGAAACGUAGACGCACCGAGGAAACGUAGACGUGGCGUAGACUUUCUCCUGUCUCCAAGCGUAGUCCCUGUAAAACUCUUAGCUGUUGUAAUUCCAUAGAGGGAAACAGACACACAACACAUUGCUAAUCCCCUGAAAACACUGUACACAUCUGCUUGAAGUAAUUCUAUCAUUUGCAGAUAAUUCUUCUUCGCAAUGCAAGUCUUACAGAACUAUCAGACAUUGUAUCUUCUGCCAGGCGAUGUCUUUUUGUCAGGAUCCUAGUGCUUGAAGUAUUCCUUUACAGUUUGAGAAAUGAUUUCGUCUUGGGCCGUCUUGUUUUUGUAAAAGUCAAGCAUCUUUGUAGAUACAAAUGUAGAUGUAAACUUUUUUGUAUGCUUCAUGUCAAUAGACUUUGGUCUCACUUCUGUUCAGUUAGACGACAAAAUCAACAACUCUUUCAUUAGAGACAGAAUAAGUGGUGGGGAAAACGUUGAAUGUAUAGAAUAUUAUUCUAAAUUCUGUUGUUGGAUCUUAGUAUGUGUAUCGAUUAAUUGCAUUGGUGUCAGUUGUGUGUUCCUCUGUAGUUGUUUGUAUGUUUCAAAGGAAAUUUCUUUGGCCACGUCCUGAGUUAAAAGAAAAACGUUGAGU